AUGGGUGGAAGGGGCCCCCUUCAAGUGAAAACGGGGAUCUCUCUUGUAAACAGGAACACAAACAAUGUAGCGUAUCUAAUGCAAACAGGCUGUCAGAAGUGGAAUGUGCCACUCAUCAGGGAAAUCUUUAAACCGAACUCGGCAGAUAGGAUCCUCGGAUCUCAUCUCCCAAGUAACAGAGAUAUAGAAGAUGAAGUCAUGUGGAGUAGGAAAGUCUCGGGGAAAAUUUCUGCUAAAGAUGCUUAUUCCCUCCUGCUAAGUGAUUCAAACGGUCGGGAAAGUACUACUAUGGACAGAGUCUUUUGGGGCCAUAUGUGGAGUAUGAAUGUAAAACCAAAAUGGAAGGUUUUCUUAUGGAGGCUACUUAACAGGGCAUUGGUUGUUCAAACAAACUUGGAAAGAAGAGGAAUUUCGGUUCAUGGUUGCAGGCCUAUCCCAUUAACGGAUUGGAUCGGUAAUUUUCUGAGAAAAUUCUGGAAGGAAGAUGGAAGGAAUUCUGAGCGCGGACUUUGGUUCUGCGCAAUCCUUUGGUCAAUAAGGACCCAUAGAAAUAAUGUCAUAUUUAGAGGUGAGAGGCUAAAUCCUCACCAAAUACUGCGAGCAGCUGAAGAAAUGGUGUAUGGUGAUAGCAGGAGGUCUGAGAACAGAACGAAGACUGCACUGAUAGUAAACAUCAGGGGACGAUGGAAAAGGAAAGAUUGA